AUGCCUAAAGUGAAGAAAAUCGUACAGCCACCUGAUGUCCAACAAUCGGUGGGUGGACAUCAACAAGCCGGUUCGUUCGUCGGGAUCGAAGCCGUUGAAUUACCGAGGGCUGUUGUGAUGAAGCUUGCAAAAUCGACCGGGCCUGGGAACAUGAAGUUGGCUAAAGAAGUCCCGGUGGCGCUUACGAAAGCCAGCACAGUUUUCAUUAGCUAUCUAGUCGCGAUUGCACAUGACAUUGCGGCAGCACGCUCCGAGAAGUCUCUCAACGCUCGACACGUUCUCGAGGCUUGUAAGGAGCUUCAGUGGGCCGACAGCGACGAGCUUCAAAAGACUCUCAAGGUCGAACUCGAAGCUUUCCGAAAACUGAAUGCGGCAAAGAAAGCGCAGAAGACCAGUAAACCGGAGGGCGAGGCCGCGUAG